AUGGCGCAGAAGAAGAACAACGGGCCUAUAAUUGACCCAGGGCUGUGUCGUUGUUGUAGAGCGAUUAAGAAAUGCAGAAUUCUUACCGCUGAAUAUAAUUGGAUGGAAAAGAAAGAAAUUUAUGCUGAUAUGGUCAUGGACUGCUUCGGCAUCGUGCUCUCCCAUGUAGAUGGUGAUGAGAAAGAAUCUGGUGUGUGUGCGACCUGUGUGGUUCGGUUACGUGACGCCUGUGCGUUUAGACACCAAGUGCUACAAUGCGAAGAACUCUUUCUCAGUGCCAAGCUUGAAGAUAAAGAUGAGUCAAAAAAGCUUUCAGACUGCCUGGUAGAAUUUGAGCUUAAAACUGAACCUAAGGAUGAUUCAGCUGAACUCAAUUUGAAUUCUGACAACUUAGAUGACAUUAUUCGCUUGGAUCCACAACUGCCCUUGUUGCCAUCAAUGUUACCAGCUAUACAACCUGAAACUACCGGAAUGGGAAAUGAAGUGAAACCACCUAAGACAGAAGAAGAAAUGACUGAAGCGAAGAGUGAAAUAGGAAAAAUUAAUGAUUCUGGCAAUGAUGAAGAUGAUAAUGAUGCCGAUUAUAAUGAUAAUGGAAACUGUUCAGAUUCAUCAUCGAACUCAGAUAAGCCCAUCAAACGGAAAAAAAUUGAAAGGAAAGUCAAAGCAAGCAAAAGUGGUACAAAGAAGAAACUUCAGAAGAAAGUAAAGUCCAAAAAGAAAGAAUCAAAGAAAUUGAAGGAGCUGAAGAAACCACCUGUAGAAAAGAAGAAUACACAUGACCGAGAUUUAGAUUGUAUGUCCGAAGAGAACCUGCUCACAAUAAUUCAGUAUUCAUAUGUAUGUCCAUUUAAAAACAGAAGAAAUAACUAUUACUGCUUCUACUGUAAAGACUACUAUCCAAAACCGGAGGAUUUACGAGAUCACACCGUUUCGCAUGACACUAAACCGUUUCAAUUACUCAUGGGGUACAAAAAAAUGCCGAAAAUAGACAUAACGAGGAUCGACUGCCGCCUCUGUCCAGCUAAAAUCAACGAUUUGGAAACAUUCAAACGGCAUAUAGAUCAAGAUCAUGGGAAGAAGAUUUACUUCGAAGCACCGGACAAGAUGCUCCUGUACCGUCUCACAUGGAAUGACUUAGUGUGUGUAAUGUGUAGUGAUGUGUUUGAAGAUUUCAACACACUGAACACCCAUAUGGUGGAACAUUUUAGUAACUUCACAUGUGAUAUCUGUGGUAUGUGUUUCCUCGAGAAGGCCAGGUUGGAUGCACAUCUGAAACGGCAUAAGGACGACGAACGCCACACUUGCGAGAUAUGUGGGAAAGUGUUCAAAUCGAACCACUAUAAGGACAUGCAUGUCGAUAUUGUACAUAAGAAGAUAGCUAUAAUCAGGUGUCCGAGAUGCGAUGAGUGUUUCAUGUCAUAUGCCCUCAAAAAUAAACAUUUGACAGAAGCGCACGGCCAGAAAAGGACAUAUCCAUGCAAUUUAUGUGACAAAGUGUACAACAGGCAAAAGACCUUAACGGAACAUCAGCGGAGAAACCACCAGAAAGUGUUGAAACAUCAAUGUGAAUACUGCGAUCAGAGGUUCUAUCUGCCGUCAAGAUUAAAGGAGCAUAUGGCCACACACACUGGGGAGAGGAAUUUCAGAUGCGAAUACUGUGAUAAGAGUUACCCGAGGCUGAAGAGCUUGCAAUACCACAUACGAACGCAUUCGAAUGACAGACGGUUUAGGUGUCAUAUAUGCGGACAAGCUUUUAUACAGAAUUCCAGCUUGAAGUCCCAUAUAAAGGCUCAUCAUCCGGAGUGUGAUAUAGAAGGAUGUUACUUUUGA